AUGCGGUGUUGGCUGCCUGCUGCGAGCCGCACCCUAUGCGGCGUUACUACCACACCACUGCAGUGCUCGCAACGGGCGUACUAUCGGUUGUGGGUGCCCGGCUGCGGCACGCGAGCAGGGAUGAGAGUGACGUUGACAGCGGUGUGGCGUCGCCGCGACGGCGCCGCGGUGUGUGCGUGGGUGCGCUCAGCGAGUGGCGCUGGUGGUGGCGAAGGCGGUCGCGGCAAAGAUAUCGACGUGGUUGAUGAGUCAAAACCCAUUCAUAUCCGCGUUGCUGAGGCGAAGGACUCACAGAUCUUUACCAUGCAGGAUUACAUUGAGCGUGAAGAGGCGGAGCUGAAUGCGUCUAGGUCGAUUAGCCAGCGCCUGUCCGACGCGCGCGACAACCCCGUCUGGAUGUUAUGGGCGCUGUUAUUUCUUUCGCUUGGGGUGCUGACGGUUGUCAUUUCCAUUCGCGUGCGGCGGGAGCAGCUGCGCUUCGAUCCAAGGCUGCGGGCGGUGAAGGCCUUCGACAGUCCGGAGGGGCCGAGCAUCGGCGGCCCCUUUUCGCUGGUCGGUGUGGAUGGCCGCCGGUACACCGACAAGGAUUUUCUCGGUAAGUGGCUGUACAUUUACUUUGGCUUCACCAAUUGCCCGGACGUCUGCCCGGAGGAGAUGGCGAAGAUGAGCCGUGUGGUGCAGCACCUGGACAAGAAGGUUGGCCGCGACUACUGGCAGCCAAUCUUUGUCUCCCUUGACCCGCACCGGGACACGCCGGAGAAGAUACGCGAGUACCUGGCCGACUUUAGCCCACGCAUUCUCGGCCUUGUCGGGACGCAAGAGGAGGUGGAGGCGGCUGCGCGCGAGUACCGGGUGUACUUCGCCAUCCCUGACGAGGAGGCUAUGAGCGAGGACGACUACCUCGUGGAUCACUCCAUCAUCAUGUACCUCAUGGACCCCGAGGGUAAAUUCUGCGACUACACCACAAAGGAGUUUCAGUGGUUUGAGAGCUACAGCAAACUGCUGCGCCGCAUGAUGGACUAUGAACGAGAAAAGGCGCAGAAGCAGCGUGAGAGGGGCGGAGAGCUGCAACCCGGUGAGAGGGCGGCAAACGUGAAGGUGGCAAACAUUGCGACCAUGCUAGAUGAGAGCGUGGCAGCGGUCCCUAGCCGGGAGGUGCUUGAAAGGGACAUGCCACAGCGACCGAUGACGGUUCGGCGUUGA